AAUAAUCCCACAUGUACGAUCAAUAUGGCUGUGUAGAGAUAGAUAUAGUAUUUGUCACUUGUAAAAGAAGAUUAAAUAUCACGCAUUGCUAUUAUCUAUUGUUUCAUACUGUCUGAGUCUGUUAUUUAGAGCAAGUAGAAGAACUACAUUUGCUUGCAUUCAGAAAAACUAGCCUUUGAGACAAAAUGAGUAAUAUUUACAUUCAGGAGCCACCAACAAAUGGAAAGGUCCUGCUCAAGACCUCUGCAGGUGACAUUGACAUUGAGUUGUGGUCCAAGGAGACUCCUAAAGCAUGCAGGAACUUUGUGCAGCUUUGCAUGGAAGGUUAUUAUGAUGGUACAAUAUUCCACCGAGUGGUGCCAGAUUUCAUCAUUCAAGGUGGAGAUCCAACAGGAACAGGAACAGGUGGAGAGUCCAUUUAUGGCCGGCCAUUUAAGGAUGAAUUUCACUCACGAUUGCGCUUCAUUCGGAGAGGUUUGGUUGCUAUGGCAAAUGCUGGACCACAUGACAAUGGAAGUCAGUUCUUCUUCACCUUGGGACGUGCAGAUGAACUCAACAAUAAGCACACCAUAUUCGGCAAGGUCACCGGAGACACAGUGUAUAAUUUGCUCAGACUGGCAGAGGUUGAAUGUGACAACGAUGAAAGACCUUUGAAUCCUCACAAGAUAAGAUCUGCUGAGGUGCUACAUUCUCCUUUUGAUGACAUAAUACCACGAGAAACAAAAAAAAGCAAAAAGGAAAAAGAUAAAGAGGAAGGGAAGAAAUCACAGUCAAAAGCCACAAAGAACUUCAGUCUGUUAUCAUUCGGAGAAGAAGCUGAAGAAGAGGAAGAGAUGGUGAAUCAAGUCAGCCAGACUCUAAAGGGAAAAAGCAAAAGUAGCCACGACCUGCUGAAAGAUGAUCCCAGACUGAGCUCUGUGCCUGCAAUUGAUAAGAAAAAUAAGAAAGGAACAUCUGGAGGUGGAGAAACAGACAGUGAUGAUGAUGAUGUUAAACCUGACGUGGAUGAUGAAGAAUAUGACUCGGAUAAGAGAGAGAAGAUGAGAGAGCUCAUCAGUAAUAAGCUAAAAAAGGAAAAAGGCUCAGACAAAACAACAGAGGCCAAUGAGGAGGAUCGAGGGAAGAAGUCGAGCCGCAGUGAUGAAUUACGGAAAGAGGCACGGCAGUUGAAGAAGGAACUACUGGCCAUAAAGCAAAGGAAAGAAGAAGCUUCAAAACCUGCAACAGAGGAAACCAAGGAGGAUGAAAAAAAGCCAGUCAGUGAGGCUGUGGCUGAGUAUCUGGAAGGACGAAAGAAGUAUGAAGAUCUCAGGAAACAAAAGCGUAAAAAAGGAUCAAACAGAGAAGAACAGACACUGGCUCUCCUUGAUCGCUUCAAGUCCAAGCUGUCUUCAGCCAUCACUGAAGAUCCAGAGGAAGAUGUGGAGGAGUUGGCAGAGGAUGAUGACAAAGGAUGGAUGGCCCAUGUUCUGCAGUUUGACGAGCAAACCAGAAAAGUCAAGGACGCCAACAUGCAGGAUGAGGACACUUUCGAGAUCUACGACCCACGCAACCCUGUCAAUAAACGAAGGAGAGAGGAGAGCAAGAAAAUCAUGAAGGAGAAGAAGGCCAAGAGGUGAGGCCACAGGGUCGGAGGUCAGAGCCCAUCCAAACCAUGUGACUGAAGAUGUGAUCAUACAGCAUCCUGCCAGUUCACUUCUCCUCUACUUUGAACCCAUCACCCUGCUUUUUGAACAGUCUUCUAGCUCCAACAUCUGGAUUGAGGACACGUACCAUCCCUUUAAUCUGUGAUGGAAAGUCGUCUGUAUGUGGGACAGCUGCAUCCAGACAGCACUCGGUUCCUCAUCAAGAUUAAAACUGCGGUUUAUAGAAACAAUAAAAGUCAUCAUUCAGUUUUGUAUUGUGUCAUUAUCUCUUUCAUGGCAUUUGUUAAAGCUUUUAUUGUUUGUGGCGUCCGGACCGUAAAUGUAACAGUUACAUUUUUCCAGAAAAAAAAAUAAAUGACAUUUGUAAACAAG